UCAAGCCCAUUGUUCACUUAACCCACAUAGCAACAUCAAUUAAGGAUGCACUGCCUCAUUUUGUACCUCACUACAGCUGCCGCUUUAUUGACGGUCACAUCCGGUGCUGGGAUUCGACCUCUGCUCAGCAUUUCCCGCGCCGACAAUUUGCGUGAUCUGCCGAGGAUAACGAUUACGCAAGCGGAGCCAUUGAGACGCGGCUACCAAGAGCAGGAUACGGCGCGUGCCUUCUACUCCUAUGGCUACAGCGAUGAGAAUGCAGCCAGAGCGGAGUACACGACACAGGAUGGCUCCUCCCGCGGCUUCUACUCCUAUGUAGAUGCCAACGGGAAGUUGCAGACGGUCAAAUACGAGGCUGGCGGACGUCAGGGCUUCAAGGCCGAAGGCAGCAAUCUGCCUCAGGCACCAGUUGAUGACAAGAAACCGCCACUGCCAGUGACUGAUACGCUCGAGGUGCAGCAGGCACGUCAGGCUCAUCUGGAUGCGGUGCGUGAAGCCGAAGAAGAGGCACGGCGUGAAGAGGCGCAACAACUAACAGAACAACAACAACAACUGCAGCAAAGUACUGUGAGUGAACGCACGUUGACUGAUGAGGAUGCUGACAUCUUGGAGCGAGUGCGAGCUGAGCUCACCUCCAUGCUGGCGGAUCGACAACGUGAUGAGAGCCGUUUGGAUGAGCAGCAGCAGGCUCGCAAACAAGAUUCAGCCACCUCCAAUGCUUCUGCUCAGAACGAGGCGAAUGACGAGGAACGAGAUGCUGAUGCUCGUGAAGAGCAGCGAGAAGAGCAGCCAAGGCAACAACAGCUCCCCUCACGUGAUCCGCGUCUCCAGGAUGGCAACGAUGGCAAUGAUCUGCGUCUGCGAACUGUUUAUACUCUGGCUGACAUCAGUUCGAGCAGCUAUCUGAAGCUCAGUGAUCUGGAGGAUCGUCUGGACAGGAAUAGCCAGGAAUUGCGUGUGCCCAUUGGCGCCUACUAUUCAUAUUCUUCGCCCAAUGCCAAGUACAGCGUGACCACGCCCACUGAAGUGAGAACUCUGCGCCCUAUUGCUCUCAGUCGCAGUUUGUUGCUCAGCAAACAGAAUCAGAACCAGAACUAGACUUGGACCUGGACCUGGGAGUGAAAGAGGAGACGGGAAUGGAAACUGAAACUGGAGUUAUUUGAUUUGGAUGAUGAGAUUGGAACAUUGUUGUCGUAGUUUUAAGAAUAAAUGCAAUCUGUGCACUACUGUGCCUAAUUCUUU